AUGUAUACACAACACGGUAGAGAGAGAGAGAGAGAAAAAAAAAAGGGUUUACAGCGAGAUAUGGCCUCAUGGUUUGUAGGGGUUCUAUUUCUAAGCACUUUGCUGCUUUGCAGUGCUGAUGUACAUCACUAUGAGUUCUUUGUGCGAGAGUCAAACUUUACGAAACAGUGCAACACAACGACAUUGCUGGUCGUAAACGACAGUUACCCGGGGCCUGAGAUUCGGGUUCACAAAGGUGACACAGUCUUCGUUAAUGUCUACAAUCAAGGAAACUAUGGCUUCACCAUUCACUGGCACGGCGUGAAACAACCAAGGAAUCCAUGGUCCGACGGUCCUGAGUUCAUAACGCAGUGCCCGAUUCAACCAGGGACCAACUUCACCCAUGAAAUCAUAUUAUCGGAUGAAAUAGGAACCCUGUGGUGGAAUGCACACAGUGACUGGACUCGCGGUUCUGUCCAUGGAGCUUUCAUCAUUUUACCAGCUGAGAACGAAACUUAUCCUUUCCCCACUCCAGACGCCGAUCAAACAAUCAUACUUCAAUCGUGGUACAAUGGGGAUUACAAGCAAAUUAUCGAUGAUGCACUCGCAGCUGGUGUUGGUCCUCGCGAAGCAGAUGCUUACGCUAUCAAUGGACAUUUAGGAGACACAUAUGGAUGCCCCAAUGGUACUCUAUAAUUGGGUGUUGCGGAUACAAAAUUCCUCAUGGAAGUUGAUUCUGAGAAUAUAUACCUUCUCCGCAUAAUCAAUGCUGCAAUGAACGAAGAGCUAUUCUUCACCAUCACAAACCACACCCUCAUUGUCGUCGCACAAGAUGCCUCCUACGUUCGAAUGUUCACCACCGACUAUAUAAUGAUAAGCCCUGGCCAAACCAUGGAUGUUUUGGUCAUUGCCGAUCAAAACGUCGGCCAAUAUUACAUGGCUAUUAGGCCUUUCUCUGAUUCCUCUGCUGCACCUGUUGACAACAUCACUACUGGCAUUUUUCAAUAUAGAAACAGCGAGGGUGGACUGAAUGCUUCCUUGAUAUCGCUGCCCGCAAUGAACGAUACAGAUGCUACGCUUAACUUCAUCAGCCAAAUUCGGUACACCAAUGUCUCCCAAAACCCGACCAUAAAUGUACCGGCGGAUACAGAUAUCAACAGACGAGUGUACAUUACAAUCGCCUCAAACACCUUGCCAUGCAACACAUCAGAAUGUGUUUCAGAUAGCAGAUUCGCUGCAAGUCUGAACAAUGUCAGCUUUGUUUCCCCACGUAUUGACAUUCUCCAAGCAUACUACGGGAACAUCACUGGCGUUUUCACCCAAGAUUUUCCGUUUAAUCCACCAAUAUUUUAUGAUUUCACUGGGAACUUGACUGAUUUCAAUACUGAAGCUGGGGAAGGGACGAGGGCUAUUAUGGUAAAUUAUGGGGAUGCAGUGGAGAUGGUGCUGCAAACGACCCGGUUGGGGGCUGGUGGAAGUCACCCAAUUCAUUUGCACGGUUUCAGCUUCUAUUGGGUGGGAAUUGGCACCGGAAAUUUCAACAAUGAGACGGACCCAAGCACAUAUAACCUGGUUGAUCCGCCAUUUAUUAACACUGUCCACAGUCCUGCUGCAGGAUGGGUUGCCCUCAGGUUUUUUGCAAACAACCCCGGGGUGUGGUAUAUGCAUUGCCAUUUCGAAAGGCAUAGUAGCUGGGGAAUGAGCACUGUUUUGAUUGUGAGGAAUGGAACCACCACCGAAACCAGCAUGCGCCCACCGCCAUCUACCAUGCCUCGUUGUCCUGGAACCUAGACCUAAUACAAGCAUUGAAUAAAGUGGAUUGACACGUGCAACUGAAUAGCACGUAACAGUAAUAAAAUUUUAAUUUCAUAAUUUUAGAAUAAAUAUUUAUUAAGAAUUUAAGUUGUGACUAUCUUUUCAUAUUUAAAUCACUGUUGUGAAAAGUUAUAUAUUCUUAA